AUGGAUUCGGCAAUGCUCCUCAUUCCCUUGCUGUUGGCGGUGUCAUCAGUUUUCUCUCAGAACCCUUUGCAGUAUGGCACCAUCAGCGUCAACUCCAGUGCCGGAGUCAUCACGGGGAUGAAGCAAUAUACCACUGUCUACGGCAAUGCAGCGCCCGUGAAGUGCUUCUUUGGGAUCCCGUACGCCGAACCACCUACGGGGGCUCGAAGGUUCUCACGACCAGUAGCGAAGGCACCUUUCAAGGAUGUUUAUGACGCAACAUCUGUGGAUAGACCCAUCUGUUACCAGAAUAUGGAAUUACUGCAGGGAAACCCUGGACCCAUUUAUAAUCAGACCGAGGAUUGUCUUCUUUUAAACAUUUACGCUCCACUCCAUGCUACGCCAUCCAUUAAGAGAGCUGUGAUGAUCUGGAUCCAUGGUGGAGGCUGGGUUGUUGGAUCUAGUCGGCAAUGGGAUGGCUCCUUCAUAGCCAGCUAUGGGGACGUGGUGGUCGUCACGCUAAACUAUCGUCUGGGGCCUUUAGGCUAUCUCGGCACUGAGGACUCGGUGGUUCAAGUUAACGGAGGCCUCUUUGACCAACUCCUGGCCAUCAAGUGGGUGAAGGCAAACAUUGGCGCAUUUGGCGGCGACGCUGACGCCAUCACUAUUUUUGGAGUGUCCGCUGGAGGGUUCGACACGUCCUUGCAGUGCAUUUCACCCCUUUCUGCCGGUGCAGGCUUGUUCAAGCGAUGCAUUCCGCAGAGUGGCGCUGCAAUCUUCACUACACCAAAUCAUAUUCCUUUUACUCGCACACCGUUGAAAAAUGCCCAGACUCUUGCAGCCACCCUGAGCUGUACUACAGACAACACAGUCGAUAUGGUUGAGUGCCUGCGAACAAGAUCGGUUGACGAGAUCCAGAAGGCGGCCAGUACCCUCCUUCUUGACGGUAGACCGGUCAACUUUCAGCCUGUAAUUGAUGGCGAUUUCCUGCCGGAGUCACCCCUCGACCUGUUCUCAAACCCAAACAUGGAGGCCUUCAAACGUUUCAAAUCCAUCGACCUUAUGAUUGGUAGUACCAGCGGUGAUGGGGAUGUCGGGCUUGGGAAUUUUAGGUAUUUGGUGCAACAGGGUCGCGUGCCUGAGAACUUCACCAUAACAAAGGAACAGUUUGUUGAACUGCUGCAGUGGUGGCUGGGUGACAUUUCCUCUGACGUGAUCACAAAUGUAGAUGAAGUGCUUCAGGCUACGCUCAAUGAAUACCUUCCGCUUGUUGACAUCGACCUGCUCGAGGCCAGGGAUAUCUUAAUUGAUAUGCUGUCUGAUCUAAUGUUCAUCGGACCAGCCAUAGCUACAGCACAGACACAUGAAAGGAUGGCAACUGGUGCCAAGACCUUUAUGUACUUCCUGUCCUACACAAAUGGCCAAUACGCGAUGUCUAGCUCAAGAAGAGAAAGAACUGCACAUGGCGCGGACACACUAUAUUUGUUCAACAUACCGAGUGAAGAGAAUUGGGACUUGGCAAACAUAAGCAUCCCUUUCUAUAUAGAAGUCACACCCUCCGACAGAGAACUUGCAAAGGCUAUGAUCACGUACUGGACUAAUUUUGCCAAAUAUGGGUGA